AUGUUUGACUGUUUCAAGCAAAAAGACAAAAGUAGAAGAAAAGAACAACAACAACAACAACACCAACAACAACAACGCCCACCUCCGAAAUGGCUGACCAUCAUGGAAAUUCGGAUAGAGAUGCGUACCACAAUCCGCACAGAGCGUGCAACAAGUGUCGCCUACGCAAAGUCAGAUGUGAUGGGCGCAAGCCCUUUUGCAAACGCUGCGCGAGAGGUAGCAGCGCAUGGGAAUGUUCAUACCCAGUAUCUGCGAGAAAAGGGCGGCCGAAACGGAGCCAUUCCACCCCACAAUCGGAAAGUAGCUCAACUCACAUGACUUCGCCCCCAUGUCCUACGAUUCUCCAUGUACCAAUGGGCGCGGAGAGAGCCGCCUCUGAUUGCAAUUAUGGAGGCCCUGGGCUUUUGGAUGUUCAUCCCUCGUUCGAUUUGGCCCUAUAUCACAUGCACCCGCCAACUGCCAUCUUCGACGAUGCCCUGCAAUAUGGCAACAGCAUCGACAAUAUCUUCAACUCUCUAUAUGACAACUUUACCCUCUCCACAUGUUCUACCUCGAGCACAAGUUCAGGGACGCCAGAAAAUGUCGCCGUCGAACAUGACGAUGCCGAUGAUGAAACAUCACCUAUGAUGGAUCUUUCGUUGGAGAUGCGAAUUGACAGCCUCCUAAUGCCUACGAAAAAAGACGGCGUAGAUGCCCAACCGCAUCAAUUACCCCCAGAACUUUUGGAACUCUUAUCUUCAACGUAUUUCUACACUUGUCAAAGCACUGUCCGGCUGUUUGACGACCAGGCUCGUCUCUCUUCCUUGAUGCAGCAAUCUAGCUACGAUUCACUAGCUCUGAGGCACGCUGUUUGUACACAUGCUGUGCCACAUUGUCCUCAGUUCUCAGCUUGGGCAGCCUCAAAUAUGGAGGAAAACGUCUCAGGAUCAGAUUACAAAGGAUUCUUUUACCGGCUCGCCCGGGACGCAGUGGACAAAUGUAUCCUAGAAGACAAAUCUAGUAGACCAACCCUUCAGGCUUUGCAAGCAAUUGUCCUCAUCGGCCACCACGAACUGCAGCAGGGAGAAUUCGCCCGCGCUUGGCUGACAGCCAAUAGAUUGCAUUGGAUUACUCAGACCUUGCAGCUGCGGAACCUCGGUUCACCAGAUCAGGUGCCGUGCGUGGAUGACGAACAACUGGAAGACAAACGAAAGGCACUAUGGGCUGCCAAUGGUCUGGCUUGCUUUUUUAUGGGGGGGAGCACCCUGAUUGAUCCUGGAACCAUUGAGGAGAUCACAACGUCGCUUCCCCAGACUCACACUGAGACAUUGUUACUGCCGGGAGUCACAAUCGGGGAUGUGUUUCGCAAUGCAGCGCCACGACCACUAUCGGUCGAGGAAGCUCUCUUAGCUGCUCGGAUGCUCGCUCCUCGCAUCGCCGCACAUGUCAAGACCACAGAGCCAAUAACGGGUAGUCCAGACCAGCAGCAAUACAAUUUCUGGAUAAACCACCAUCGACUGGAGGAGACAUUACGAUACUUGGUCAAUUUCAUCGUGUCUGAUCCUGUCCCAGAAGCCAACGUCAAGGUCUUGCUGAACCUUUUGGUCAAGGCUCUGACCAUCAUUCUUCACGAGGCCGUACUGAGGAAGAUUCGCGCUUGCUCUCAUCAGGGCCAGAAGGCAUCUGACCAGGUCCGCGUAAAUGAACACGCGCUGCUGCAACGCGCGCUGGAGGUCGCAGCGGCGGUGCAGACGAGUGUCCUGCCCACGGAUGCCGCCACCAAUCUCACGACGUGCUGGAUCGUUUACAUCGCGUUACAGUCGCUGCUGCGCCAUCAGAGGCGGACUUCAGCUCAGCGAUCGGACCAGUUGACAGCUGCGUCAUCUUGUACCGUCGGCGGUGAUGCGGGAGCCUACGAACCGGGCAAUGCGGCAGACCUGGAAGGAGCAUUGGUAAUGGAUUCGUUUGAUGCACUGCAUUCUACGCUGGUUCGUUGGUCAGAAAAGAGUCCUGUCGCUGACUUCUACUUGGAGCAGGUCCGGGUCGAGAGCGGUAUUGCUGACAGCGCCAUUGACAAGCGGAUCAUUGGGCUGGUUGAUUUCGCCACCUUGAGCCGUUCAUGAUGCUAUGACACAGAACUUUGAUUCUCUCUGUAAACAAAUCAUAGCGCCAGACCUUACAACCAUAUGAAUUUUUUCUUUCUUUUUUUCUUGAUCAAAUAUUUAGAAACUUAAAUUGUAAACUAAAGCAAAUCAUCUUUUUAAAC